AUGCCAACUACUGAUACACCAACUACCGACCUUCCAUCUACCCACCUUCCAUCUACCGACACCCCAGCAACUGACACUCCAGGAACCGACACUCCAACUACGGACUUUCCAACUACCAAACCUUCAACUACCGACUUUCCAACUUUCGGCAAUCCAACUAUUGCACAUCCUUCCCUUCAAAGCACAACAGUGGGUGGAACCAGUACCACUCUCCCCACCACCUCUACCACCACCUCUCCCACCACCUCCACCACCCACUCUCCCACCACAAUCCCUCCUCUGGUCUGUAUCAACGGUGGUGAGCUGCAGAGUGGAGUCUGUAUCUGUCCUGAUGAGUGGACCGGAGACACCUGUUCAGAGGAAUCUGUACUUCUAACCCUCAGUGACAUUCUAGGAAAUAUCUCCAGCAGUUCAGGUGAUUUACGACAGUUAGCCUUCAGUACUCAGAUCCUGACCUCCCAACCAGAGCAGCUGUCAGCUGACAACAUCACCACAGCAGCUCAGAUAGCUAACACACUGCUUCAGUCUGCAAAUAUCACAGAGGACAUCGCAGUGGCAGCUGUAACCACCAUCAGUCAGCUGCUCAAUGCCAGUGAGGAGAGUACACAGGAGAGAGACGCUGUCCAAAAGUACAGCCUCACAGAGACCUUGGAGAAGUUUUCCCUGGACCAGCACAAUAAUGUGUCCUUGGUGGUUCAGCCCAACCUGGCAGUCCAGUCUGUCCAAGUACCAAGUGACUCAGUAGGGAUCCAGUUUACUGCUCUGACUGGGAGAUCUGGUAAUUAUGUGGCCAACAGAAUUCAUCUCAACACCAAUACCUCUGAACUGAUAGCUGACAAAGGAGGUUCUACCGAUGUCCAGAUUGUUAUCAAAUUCACACCAGUUUUGCAUUGUAAAAACACAAACCACUCCAUUGGUUUUGUGCUCUACCAAAACGACCGGUUCUUCAGGUCCAAGGCUUUCAGAGCUUCUCCAGGAACCAGCAGAAGGGUCAUCUCUGCUAACCUGGGACAAGUGUCUGGGUUACAUGUUGAGAUGCUUUUCAAGCCCACAGCUGUUCCCAACGCCUCCCUCUAUGACUUUGCCUGCGUGUCAUGGAACUACACGUUGAAAGACUGGAGCACCUUUGGCUGCUACAAAGUCAACCACUCAGAAGACGGCCUGCAAUGUUUCUGUAAUCACACCACUAACUUCGCUGUGCUGAUGUCUUUCAGGAGGGACUUUAAAUACGCUGAAGUGCUAAACUGGAUCACCAUAUUGGGAUGUUCCAUGUCCAUCAUAGGGUUGAGUUUAACAAUAACAUUCCAGAUGGUGACCAGGAAAUGACGCAAAACCAACCCAACGGUCCUCUUAGUGAGUGUCUGCAUGUGUCUCCUGAUCUUCACCCUCCUCUUCAUGUUGGGAGUGGACAACCCUCAUAAACAGCUGGGCAAACCUAAAAUACAGAAGGACAACAUUCUCCCCCCGUCCGACACACACACAGAGCGGGACAGAGGGCCCUGUACUGCAGUGGCAGUCCUGCUGCAGUACUUCCUGUUGGGGACGUUCACCUGGAACACGCUGUACGCCACACAUGUCUUCCUGAUGAUCAGAAACAGCCUGGCCACCAGCCCAUCACACUUCACAGCCUAUACCGUGGCCAUCGGAUGGGGACUGCCUGCAGUUGUGGUGUCUCUCACCUUAGGAAUUAGUUACAGGGUGGAUAAUCCACUGGGAUACAGGCAGGAGGAAUUUUGCUGGCUUGCUGCCCUCGAUCCAAAGGGGAACUUUGACUUCAAGCUGCCAAUGUUUUGGGGUUUACUGACACCUGUGGCGUUCAUGCUUAUGUUCAACACAGUGGUGUUGGUAUGUUUUACAGUGAAGACCAACCCAC